ACUUCUCUUCCCCCUUGCAUCCUACCUAUCAUCAUCUAUCAACGCGAAGACUGUCCGUCGCCAAUAGAAAAGCUAAUCCGCCAUCCCGCCAAUCGAAGACUAGGUGACAACAACAAAGACAACAAAUCACACGCCCGCAAUUGCCUCCGGCAACCAGUCACCUGUCGCCUCGCUUUCGUCGGACCCCGCCGCCUCCCCCGCCAUCCGCCAGCAAAUCAACAGCUAGAACUGCAGCAGCAGCUUUCCAAUAAAUACCGCCAAGAUGGGCUUGUUCUCCAAGAAAUCAUCGUCGAGAGCCAACUCAAUCAACAACGACCACAUCGGCAGAAGCGGACGCAAAGGAUCUCAAACUUCAGUAGCCAGCGGAUCAAUGAACUCUCCUACCACUUCUUACACUCAGGGAUACACUGGAUCGUUGCCAUCGAUCCCAGCUGUCGAUGCCGACCUUCCCCCGCCGCCGGACCCAGCUUUGGAUCCCUCCGGCUACCUGAGGAGUAUAUACGCCGUUCGGCAGAGGUCGAGAUUUGUGCUCGAUGCGGCGUUGAAGGACCAAUUGACCAACUUUACCGUUGACAUGUCAAAGUUCCCGGAAGUCGCUGAUUAUGUUGUUUCUAUAAUCAAGAGAGAUUACGCUCCCGAUUACCAAACCAUUCCUCCCCACGGUCGAUGGCAGCACUUCGAUGUCGGCGGAACGCCCAGGAUCGACAACCUCAUGAACUCAUGGCCGGCUGAUGUCGACGUGACCGAGCGUACGAGACGAUUGCUCGACCUCUUCCUUGUCUCCGUAUUGCUGGAUGCAGGAGCUGGAAACAACUGGCAGUACAAGGCGAGCAAUGGUAAGGUAUACAGACGAAGCGAGGGAUUGGCAGUUGCUAGUUUGGAGAUGUUCACCAACGGACUGUUCUCUAGCAAUCCUGGACAGAAGGAUCAGGUUGAUGGCAUGGCUCUGAAACAAUUGACCGUGGAGAAACUCGCUGCUGGACUUCAAGUUUCGGAGGCGAAUCCCAUCGAAGGUCUAGCAGGACGGUCAUCUCUUCUGAUCAAACUUGGAGAGGCGAUGGACAACCAACAGCUCUUUGGUGUGGACGGACGUCCGGGAAAUAUGCUUGAUUACCUUCUCCAGCACCCGACGACCAAAAAAUCGGGCGUCACCCCGAUUGUUACCAUUCCCACGUUGUGGUCUGUUCUCAUGGAUGGUCUCGCACCGAUUUGGCCUCAGUCGCGCACUCAGUUCGACGGCAUUUCCCUCGGAGAUGCUUGGCCAUGCUCUUCGAUGCCCCCCGCCCCUGGCUGGGAGCGCAUCGUUCCGUUCCACAAACUCACUCAAUGGCUCACGUACUCGUUGCUUGUGCCGAUGUCGAAACUGAUGGGUAUCAUGUUCGUGGGCGAGCAACUGCUUACCGGUCUGCCCGAGUACCGGAACGGCGGCUUGCUCAUCGACACUGGACUGUUGACCCUCAAGCCGAACCAGACGAAGCGCGGUAUCGACAGAUACAACGAGAAUGCUAAGAAAGCCGGUCAGCCGAACAUGGAGGUCGUUCCGAUGUUCACUCCAGACGACGAUGUUAUCGUUGAAUGGCGAGCUGCCACUCUGGGAUUCCUGGAUCUAUUACUCGAAGAAGUCAACAAGAAGCUCGGACUCGGUGAUUCCGAUGGAUUGAAGUUGGCGCAGAUGCUGGAGGCUGGUACCUGGAAGGGCGGACGAGAGCUGGCAGAGGUGUCCAGACCGAACACCAAGGAGCCCCCGAUCAUGAUUUUGUCUGAUGGAACAGUCUUCUAGGCUGGACGACUUAUCCCUUUCAUGUCGUUCCUGUCGGCUAUAGAAUUCUUGAUGUGAUAAUGGGUUGCAUCGAUGAGCCGCAUGCUGUAUGCGCUAUGAAUACUGCUUGUAGCGUCCUGUUUUUUUCUUUUCUUUCUUCACUCGAUGCUCUGGUAGCUAUCUUGUAUAGAAGGCUCUGUGCACUUCUUUUUUUCGAAUUCAUUCCCAAGCCAUGGUCAUACCUAUUUCUUACUCGUUGGUCGAGAAUUGUCGGGCUGAAUACUUUACAUAAAGUCAACUCAAUCAAUCGUCAUGUCUCAUUAUUUCUUUUUUGGCAUCCCAAUUGAAUGCAAGCUCCCUAGUACUCUUCGAUAGAAA